CAAUGGCUGUAUGGAACAGUACUCUUUGCUUUUCAACAUGCAUUGCCUCAAGCAAUUCCUUCUUCCUCUUCUCUCAGUUUCCCUUCUUCUCAAAAGUGUUGCAUCCACCUAUCCUCUUUCUACAUCAUGCUCGAGCUCCGAAAAGUACAGCGAUGGUGACUCUUUCAGCAAUAACUUGAAUCAGCUAAUAUUUGUAUUGGCUACAGGCUCUCCCUCCCUUGGGUUUGGGCUUGGCUCAAUUGGGCAAGAUCCCAACAAAGUGAAUGGCCUUGCUCUAUGUCGAGGUGAUGUUCCAAGCUCAGAAUGCAAAAGAUGCAUUCACACUGCUGAUGCUUAUGUCCGAAGGCUCUGUCCCUUCGAGAGAGAGGCUAUCAUUUGGUUUGAUCAGUGUCUCUUACGCUACUCAGAUACUGAAUUCUUUGGUGAAAUCGAUCAUAAACAUAAGUUAUACUUGCAGAAUACCCAGAAUGUAACUAUACCACAGCUACGAUUUCAAGCGAAGGUUGUGGAGUUGAUGUACUCCCUGAAGACAAAGGCUUAUCUUUCGCCAUUGCUCUUUGCUACCGGAAUGAUGGAGAUAGGAUCAGAAAAAUUGUACGGGUUGGCACAGUGUAGCAGAGACCUUUCUGGUGGGGAUUGUAAGAGAUGCUUGGAGGUUGGGAUAGACAAAAUGGCUGGUUAUCGAGUAGGGAAGAGAGGAGGAAGAUUUCUUGGUGGGAGUUGCAAUGUAAGAUAUGAAUUGUACUCUUUCUUCGAUUCGGACGAUAUACCUCAAUAUAGUCAAGAAUAAUACGAUUUCAUGA